AUGUCUCGAGCCUCAUUCUCAGAUGACAGUCAUGAAACCGCCGUAUCAAGCCCUCCGUCUCCGGAUAGGCCAAAACUUGACAAUGAAGAUAACAACGAGUUGGUUCCCGAGGGCGGCUAUGGUUGGGUUUGCGUUAUUGCCUCUUCUCUGAUUAGCGCUCAUACAUGGGGCAUCAAUAGCGCAUAUGGAGUUAUUCUGGCUCACUACCUUUCAAAUGACACUUUCCCGGGAACAAGUGCUCUUGAAUAUGCCCUUGUCGGAGGUCUGAGCAUUGGCUGCGCGAUGCUCGUCUCACCAAUUGUCACUAUAAUUGUGCAUCACUACGGCAUCCAUGUCGCGCUCGUUAUCGGAGCUAUCCUCGAAUCCAUAUCGUUUGUGGCUUCUUCUUUCGCAAAACAGAGCUGGCAAUUGUUUCUAUCGCAGGGUCUCUGCUUUGGAUUAGGCAUGGGUUUCUGUUUCGUUGGAUCCGUUGGUGUCGUCUCGCAUUGGUUCCAUAAGCGCCGCAGUUUGGUCAACGGCAUCACGGCGGCGGGUGCCGGGCUCGGAGGGCUUGUGUACUCGCUUGCAGCUGGCUCGAUGCUAAUACAAUUAGGGUUUGCUUGGACGAUGCGGAUUCUAGGCAUUGUUUGUUUGGUCGUGAAUCUCAUUUCCGGGAGUCUCCUGCGCAUCCCUCCAUCAAGCAGACCAGAUGGAAAUGCGUCUGCCUUUGGAUUAUCAGCCAUGCGAGACACCCGAUUCAUUCUUCUGCUUAUCUGGGGUGUCCUAAGCGUGCUUGCCUAUGUCGCUUUAUUGUUUAGUUUGUCAAGUUACAGCGUCGCGGUCGGCCUGACCCAAAGCCAGGCCAGUGUGGUCAGCGCGAUCCUCAAUCUUGGCCAGGCGUUUGGCCGCCCAGUCGUGGGCAUUAUGAGCGACUCACUGGGGCGAGUGAAUGUCGCAUCGGUCGCUACCUUGGUUGCUGGAGUACUUUGCUUGGUGUUCUGGGUUUUCGCCAAAAAUAUGGUGACUGUCUGCGUUUUCGCGAUCAUGGUAGGAACGGUGUCUGGCACCAUAUGGGCAGCUGCAGCACCACUUACUGUUGAGAUUGUUGGCUUGAGACAUGCAUCCAGUGCCUUGAGCCUUUUCUGGCUAUCAUUAGGACCUCCAACUAUAGUCGCUGAGGUGAUUGCUGUACAGCUACGCGGCCAAACCACGGAUACAUUCCCUUACCUUCAGGUUCAGAUGUGGGUAGGGGCGUUGUAUAUAUCUUCUGCCAUCUUUCUAUAUUUCAUCAAGUUUUCCAGCCGACUGAAAGGGAAAAUAUGUCUAAAAAACCCCCGAGCAGUAUAG